AGCCUCCAUGAUGUGGGAGCUCCGCUCUGUAGCCUUCACCCGGGCUGUCUUGGCAGAAUUUCUGGCGACCUUGGUCUUCAUCCUCUUCGGCCUGGGCUCUGCUUUGAACUGGCCUUCAGCUUCUGCCCCGAGCAUCCUUCAAAUUGCAUUGGCUUUUGGCUUGGCCAUCGGUACGCUGGUCCAAGCCUUGGGGCACAUCAGCGGAGCCCACAUCAACCCGGCGGUGACAGUGGCUUGCCUCAUUGGCUCCCACGUCUCCUUCCUGCGUGCGGUCUUCUAUGUGGUGGCCCAGCUCCUGGGGGCCGUGGUGGGGGCUGCCAUCCUGCAUGAGAUCACCCCAGCCGACUCGCGGGAAGGCUUGGCCAUCAACAAGCUGCACAAUGAGACGACGACGGGGCAGGCGGUGACUGUUGAGCUCUUCCUCACCUUCCAGCUCGUCCUCUGCAUCUUCGCUUCCACCGAUGAACGCCGGGAGGACAAUGUGGGGUCUCCUGCGCUGUCCAUUGGCCUUUCUGUCGCCGUUGGACAUCUCCUUGGGAUCCGUUACACUGGUUGCUCCAUGAACCCAGCGAGAUCUUUUGCCCCCGCUGUAAUCGUUGGAGACUUCAGUGACCAUUGGGUCUUCUGGGUGGGCCCCCUGGUAGGGGCAGCAGCCGCGUCCAUCAUCUACAAUUACAUCCUCUUCCCACAAUCCAAAACCUUCUCGGAGAGGCUCGCCAUCUUCAAGGGCAUGGAGCCAGAGGAGGACUGGGCAGAGCGCGAGGCACGCCGGCGGCAGUCAGUGGAGCUGCACUCACCACAGACCCUGCCAAGGGGGAUGUCCGAGAAGGUAUAG